GGGUGGGGAGAUGACACAGUUGUUCCCCCAGCCCUGUUGGGGCGGGCAGCAUGGUUCACUCCAGCAUGGGGGCUCCAGAAAUAAGAAUGUCUAAGCCUCUGGAGGCCGAGAAACAAGGUCUGGACUCCCCGUCAGAGCACACAGACACGGAAAGAAAUGGACCAGACACUAACCAUCAGAACCCGAAGAAUAAGGCCUCCCCAUUCUCCGUGUCCCCAGCUGGCCCUGGCACCAAGAUCAAGGCUGAAGACCCCAGUGGUGACUCAGGCCCAGCAGCACCCCCGCCCCCCCAGCCGGCUCAGCCUCAUCUGCCCCAGGCCCAACUCAUGUUGACGGGCAGCCAGCUAGCUGGGCUCACAGCACUGAUGCCAGCUCAGCAGCAGCUCCUCCUGCAGCAAGCCCAGGCCCAGCUGCUGGCUGCUGCUGUGCAGCAGUCCAGUGCCGCCGCUGCUGCCAACGCUGCUGCCGCCGCCGCCGCCGCCUCCUCCUCCACCUCCUCUUCCUCCUCUUCCUCCUCCUCUGCCUCCUCCUCGACCUCGCAGCCCCCAGCCUCUUCUGGGGGAGGUGACCUGCCACCACCACAGCCUGCCAGCCAGCCCCCUGGGACCCCACAGCUCACCUUGUCCCAGCCCAUCCAGCUCACAGCACAGGACAUACAGCAGCUACUCCAGCUCCAGCAGUUAGUGCUUGUGCCAGGCCACCACCUCCAGACACCUGCUCAGUUCCUGCUGCCACAGGCCCAGCAGAGUCAGCCAGGCCUGCUACCAACGCCAAAUCUAUUCCAGCUACCUCAGCAAACCCAGGGAGCUCUUCUGACCUCCCAGCCCCGGGCCGGGCUUCCCACACAGGCCGUGACCCGCCCCACGCUGCCCGACCCGCACUUCUCAUACCCGCAGCCCCCUAAAUGCUUGGAGCCGCCAUCCCAUCCAGAGGAGCCCAGUGAUCUUGAGGAGCUAGAGCAGUUCGCCCGAACCUUCAAGCAACGCCGCAUCAAAUUGGGCUUCACGCAGGGUGAUGUGGGCCUGGCCAUGGGCAAGCUUUAUGGCAAUGACUUCAGCCAGACAACCAUUUCCCGCUUCGAGGCCCUCAACCUGAGCUUCAAGAACAUGUGCAAACUGAAGCCCCUCCUGGAGAAGUGGCUCAAUGAUGCAGAGACUAUGUCUGUGGACUCAAGCCUGCCCAGCCCCAACCAGCUGAGCAGCCCCAGCCUGGGUUUUGAUGGGCUGCCUGGCCGGAGACGCAAGAAGAGGACCAGCAUCGAGACGAAUGUCCGCUUCGCCUUAGAGAAGAGUUUUCUAGCGAACCAGAAGCCUACCUCAGAGGAGAUCCUGCUGAUUGCCGAGCAGCUGCACAUGGAGAAGGAAGUGAUCCGUGUCUGGUUCUGCAACCGGCGCCAGAAAGAGAAGCGCAUCAACCCUUGCAGUGCAGCCCCCAUGCUGCCCAGCCCGGGCAAGCCGGCCAACUACAGCCCCCACCUGGUCACACCCCAAGGGGGCGCAGGGACCUUACCAUUGUCCCAAGCUUCCAGCAGUCUGAGCACAACAGUUACUACCUUAUCCUCAGCUGUGGGGACACUCCACCCCAGCCGGACAGCUGGAGGGGGUGGGGGCGGGGGCGGGGCUGCGCCCCCCCUCAAUUCCAUCCCCUCUGUCACUCCCCCACCCCCGGCCACCACCAACAGCACAAACCCCAGCCCUCAAGGCAGCCACUCAGCUAUCGGCUUGUCGGGCCUGACCCCCAGCACGGGAAGCACAAUGGUAGGGUUGAGCUCCGGGCUGAGUCCAGCCCUCAUGAGCAACAACCCUUUGGCCACUAUCCAAGCCCUGGCCUCUGGUGGAACCCUGCCCCUUACCAGCCUUGAUGGCAGCGGGAACCUGGUGCUGGGGGCAGCCAGCGCAGCCCCAGGGAGCCCCAGCCUGGUGACCUCGCCACUCUUCUUGAACCACGCCGGGCUGCCCCUGCUCAGCGCCCCCCCAGGCGUGGGCCUAGUCUCAGCAGCAGCUGCAGCCGUGGCAGCCUCCAUCUCCAGCAAGUCUCCUGGCCUCUCCUCCUCAUCCUCUUCAUCCUCGUCCUCCUCCACUUGCAGCGAGGCAGCAGCACAGACCCCUGCAGGCCCAGGGGGGCCGGAGGCAGGGUCCAAGCCCGAGUGAGGACCCACCAUGCCUCCCCUCCCACUCCUCUGACCCCCACCUUGGUUCCACGCCUGGGAAGAGGGCGAAGAGGCCACUGGUAGGGGUACAGCGGGUCCUUGGAGCAGGAGUAACAAGGGAGGAAAGACCAAAACUACCAACCAACCAAGCGGAAAAAAAAAAGAAAAGAAAGAAACUAACCAACAAAAAAGAAAACCAAAAAUAAUCACAACAGAAACCAGCUGCCCCAAAGGGACCAGAGGUGAAAAACAAACCAAAAAAACCAAAAACAAAAAAAUUCCCCACAAAAUCAAACCAAAAACCAGUUGCGAGCCAGACCUUAGAGUGCUCACCCUCACUGCUAUGACACCAAAUAAGAACCCCAGCCAGGCACAGAGCAGCCUCCUGCAGGUUGGACCUCAUGCUGCUGAGCCCUGGCUGUGGGGUCAACCCCCAAUCUUGCCCCUCCCAGUGAGGGUGGAGAAGAAAAAAGAGAAUGUGCCAGCCUGCUGACUCCAGCUUCAGCCCUGGGCCAGUAGAGACAGGGCACAAUCUAGGGCAGAGGGCCUGGGCCCAGAACCAUCCACCAAAUGUUCUUUUCCAGAAGGUGAAAGAGAAAGGGCCUGAACAACCUUACACCAAAUAUUCAGUAGCUUCAUCCAAAGGAUGUACAGAAUUUUUAGCAUUGUGCUUAACGGAAUGUGUCCCUAUCAUGUGUCCCCACCCCCUUCCUUGACCCACAGCUCUCCCCACCUGGGCAGGAGGUCUUGCUUUAACCUCCUUCCUCCUCCCAGCCCGGGAAGAGUUCAGGAAAAGGCCUGGGGAUGACUUUUUAACCCCUGUACCUCUCCCUUUUUCCUUUGAAGGGUGGGCUAGGCCAUUUUGCCAAGUUCAGCUCCCACAAGUCCCUCCUCAACCCUGUCACCCUUUCUUGCUCUGGAAUCUACCCCUUCCCCAGCCUAUGGGAAGGUGGACAUUUCAGGCAAAAGGAGAUGAGGUGAGGACAUUCAAGUUGUCUUUUUUUCCAUCCUGUCUGUCAGUUUCCCUGAAAAAAAUAUUCAUAUUCCAGUGCCUAUCCGUGGGAUCCUUCACGUUCUUUGACAUUAACCAGAAACCAAAAAGAAGACUCACCUCGCUCCACCCACCCUGUGCCCCUCUGACACUGGCAGAUGCCUCUCCCUCCCCCACAUGCACACACGCACGCACGCACCCCAGUGGUGGGUUCCUCCAGAUGGCAACCCCAUCAGGGUCCAUGUGGUGGGGACAGUGCCAUGACCUGUGGUCCCCAUUCAAUAGGGCGCUCUGGUGGCUACCAUUCCCAUGAGACCUCCAUGAGUCUUGGCUGGACCCUGCAUUUGCCUAGCCCUGGACACAUCUCAACAAUGGACAGAGAAUCGCCGCUGGGAGCCACCUUGCCCUCCUGCUAUUAUGGAGGCCAACAAAGUUUUGAACCAAAAACAAACAAACAAACAAAACAGAAAACCAAACAAACAAUAAAUUAAAACUAGAAAAAAAAGAAUUUAUAUAUAUAUAUAUAUAUAUAUAUAUUUAAGGGAAAGAAGAUGAGGACUCUUCAAGAAUAAGAAGGAGCCGCGAGGUGGAGCCAAGCCCCUGCACCAGUGGUCCAGGCCCUUGGUCCCCAAGGCGGAUGGAAGGAAGGAUGCUUCUUUCUCUUCACAAAUACCUCAUGGACGUUGUCUUCGGGAAAGCCGGAGUGGGGGGCGGCUGGGGCAGGGCCUGUCCCUCAGCCAGGGUGGACGGAAGUGGGUGGGCGGGGCUGAGAGAGGGUGUCAGGGACAGGGAUGAAGAGCCUCAAACUCCCCGCCCCCCCAAUCAACUGAAAAAGCUUUAAAAAAAAAAGACAGGAAAAAAGGAAGAAAGCAAAAAGAAUGGACAAAGGAAAACUAACAAUUUUUGGGUGGUUUGAUUCCUCCUUUGAUUUCUUUUUCUGUUCUCUUCUGUCUCCUCCCCUCUCCUUUCUCUUCACUCUUCCUUCACUCUUCUCUCACCUCUCUCAAUCUUGUUCUUUCUGUGUCUCUCCUCAAACCAAAGUGUUGCUGUGAAGGACGCGAGCCAUUGAAAUCAGAGUGGCCCCCGGCCCUGGCUGGGCAGGAGCAGAGGGAGGGGAGAGCCCGGCGACGGCCAGGGCAGCCUCCGUGCUUUCUGCUGGACACUCCGAGGAGAGGCAGACAGAGUCCCAGGCCUCAGCAUUCUCUUUUCUUCUGGUCUCCCUUCUCCCACCCAGGAAACGAAACUAUCAGGCUGGGCCACAGAGGCAGCAGAGACUCAGCCGUCGCAGGGGCCUCGGGUGCCUUGUCUGGGCAGUGAUGGAGUGGCCGCCCCUCCCACCCCUGGCACCGAUGGGGCCUGGCACCUCGUCAGCCCAUCCUUGCUGGAAUGUAAGCAUCUCCACUGAACUGACUCCCUGCCCUCACCCUACCUCUGAGUUUGUCCAUUUUGAUUUCCUGAAAAGGGACUGGCAAGAGGGCCUGGGCCCCCACCCAAGGGUAGAAAGGAGGCCAAGGGCUCCUGACCAGAUAGGAAGGACAUUUGAGCAGAACAGAAUGAAAGGAAUUACAACCAAAAACCCCCUCCGAGAGGACAGGCAGCAUGGAAGGCAUGGUGGAGAUGACUCAAAUAAAAACUAUGAUGAUUCUAGACCAAAAAAAAAAAAAAAAAUGGAAAAAAAACAGGAAAGAAAAAUCCAGGACUCACUACCACCCACUUCAUCCUGCUUCCUCCCCAUCUAGUCCCACCACCUGGGACCUUUCCCCACCCCAGUGGGAGUGGGGCAAAGAGAGGAGGAAGCAGAGCAGGGCUGGCGCAAUGCCCUGACAUUGGUGGAGGGACCCCUGUGCAGCUGGGGGUGAUGGGGACCCUCCCCAUCCAACCCCCAAAACUGGGAAAAGAAAAACAAGAAAAAAGAAAAUCCCUGGGAGGGGGGAAAAUAACCAAAUCCCAAGCUUUAACUACAGCUGUGAAACCAAAUAUUGGGAAGGGGGUGGGAGGGAGGGAGGGGGAGGUGAGCCCCAGGUCUCCCCCCUGGGACCCCCUCCCCUGAGGACUCGAGAUAAGGCACCAAAUACCUCAUAGAACUUUAAUGUUAAAAAAGGAAACCAAAUAUCGUUGGCUGGGGGCCAGCCAGGGCAAGGGGCUGGGGCCUGGAAGAGCCAGGGUUGGGAAGGUGAUGGGGGAAUUCCUGCCCCCCACCCCCACCUAUCCCUUCCACUCCAGACCCCCGUCUCGACUCCGGGAAACAAAACUAUCUCAUCGUUUUUAUUUUGUGGUCUGUACAGAGCCUGUGUCCGUGUGUCUGUGUGUGAGCGAGUUGGAGGGCUGGGGAGCUUUAGGUGGGGAUGGGGAGGAGACCCCAGGCCAGGCUCUGGGCUAGCUCAAGAUGUCAGGUGGGGGGCCAGGGGCCUGGGCUAGAGAGAAGUCAGUGGACCAGGGCAAAAGGGAGCCCUGUGAAUUUCCCUUCUCCCAACCCCUGACCUUCCGCUUAAAGGAGGGACAGAGACUGGGUCUAUCCCAAGAGUGGGCCUUUUAGUUGUGCCAAAACAAAAAAAAGAUGCCAGUAACUAAACCACCUCUCUGUUCUCUUCUUGGGGAGGGGCCAGGGUAGAGUCCUUGAAGUGGAAGGAAAGGGCUGGAAGUGUGUAUGGGGCUGGGUAGUGACAGGGACCCCCAAGUCUUUUGAGAAGUUGGGGUUGAGAUCAGAAAGGUAUGAGUUUUCCACACAUCUCCCUGGGAAAGGCCAAGAGCGCGUCUCUAGGCCCAGCACCCUGGGAAGAUCUAGUGAGGCACUAGCCAAGUGGGGGGACUCUUGACUAUUUUCUGUCACCCACCCCAGGGUGCCUCUCUCUUCCUCUAGCCCAGAGUGGGGGGUACUGAAUGAGAGAGAAUGAGACAGACUGAGCAAGAUUGAGACACGCGGGCCCCCACCGGUCUCUGAGUGGGAAAGGCAAGUGAGAGAGAUAAAGGCCUCCAAGAGAAAAAAGAAACAAACCAAAGAUUUAACCAUUAAAAAAAAAAAACCCACAGACAACUCCGCUACCUUUUUAUACGUUGGAAAAAAAAAGUGAAAAAAAAUUUAAAAUAAAAAUUUAAAAAAAUACACAAAAACUCCAAGCCGCAGUUCCUUCAUGCGGUUUAAACUUUGACCUCAGCAGUCUCCAAAGCAAGACGAUGAUGACAAAGGCGGAAA